AAUGUCAACAAAGAGACCGAAAAAGACGUCUUCGGAAACUUCGGCCGACUUUAUGGCGAAUAAACGGAUUCGAGAUGUGGACAGCAUUUCGAGUAAACAAUUAAAUCAAUUGCAGACCAAAUGUUUCGUCGAAUGUUUGGAAACAGAAAAAAGUCUUUUUCUCAAGAAAUCCAAGAAGAAAACACGUCCACCGAAACCCGUCGACGGACAGUAUUGGGCCGAACGUAUAGAAACGGCGCGCGUCAACUCUGGCGGAGAUUUGGUUUAUCUGAUCAAAUGGGAGGGAUAUUCGUCGUCUUCAAACACGUGGCAAAACACUCGCGAUCUGAUUGGCGGAGAUUUGUUUCUUUUCCGCGAUUUCUUCAUUCGAAUGUUUGAUUCGGAAACAGAUAUUGAAAUGUAUUCGGAAAACGAUUUUUCGGAUUUAAGCGAAUCCUUGAGUUCUUUAGUCGUUUCGGCGGAUCCGGCGAUUCUCAACCGCAUCAAUGACGUCGUCGAAGCCGAAGACGCGAACCAAAGACAGUUAGACAAGACUUUGCGGCGAAUGGCCGACCAAUUGAAGCCAUUGUUGGAAGCGUUUCGACGAUUGCGUGGAUCUGUUGAAGGAAAACAAGAAGAAUGGACUCAAAGAGUAUUCACGAGAUUCGGUGUUAAAGAACUAAAAAUCGACGAAAGAUUCGGAAGUUUAAGAAAAUUCAUUGAAUUUUCGCGAAAAAGAAGACAAACUCUUUUGGAUUUAGAAAAAUGGACACAAAAUACCGGAGUUUUGGCCGACAAUCGGRUGGACGUGUCGGUUCCGCCGCAAAUCUGCGAAUCAGGCCAUUCGGUGACGGAACUGCCUUUGAACGGUCCUCCGCCGCUCCCGAAGUGCGAAUGUCAAGACGAUUGUCGGCGAACGCGAUGUGUUUGUGGAACGGCUUUAUAUCGCGAAGGAAGACGUUUCCGAUCUUCUCAUGUCGUCUAUGAAUGCAAUCAAAGAUGUCUUUGCGGCCAAAAGUGUCCGAAUCGCCGAAUUCAAAACGGCGCCACUGUCCGACUGCAGGUGUUCCGCACUCGCGACCGCGGAUGGGGUCUUCGGACUUUGGACCGCGUGUCGUAUCGUUCGUUUGUCGGCGAAUAUCGCGGGGAUGUCUUGUCUUCUUGCGAAACAAUAGAAAGAGAUUCGACUUAUUUGUUCCAAAUUGACGCCGAGUUCUGCGGAAUUCCCGUUUUUAUUGACGGAAAACGUCGCGGAAAUGUCAUGCGAUUCGCCAAUCAUUGUUGUUCACCCAAUAUGGACGUCCAUUUGGCGUUCGUCGGCACUCAAGAUGUCGUUCCAAGAGUCGCUUUCUUCGCCAAUCGCAAUAUCUCUGCGGGAGAAGAACUGACUUACGAUUACGGAAGACAAACACUGCAUUCCGACGCCGACGGGAAUUUCGUUCCCGACGAGUCCGACUCGGGAUAUGCGUCCAGUUGUUCGCGUGAUUUGGCCGAAGAGGCGAUCACGUGUUUGUGUGGAUCAGAAAAGUACGUCCGUCGAAGCGACGCUUAUGUGAAGCGAAAACUCAGACACAGCGAGUCUGUCUCCGCAGAGAACAGCAUUCGGGAAGAGAUCGAAAGCACGACCGACGGCUGUCAGGAGAGCGUCUGCUUCUGGAGAACGGAUGCGUUCACAGAGAACAACAAAAAGACGUGUUUUGUUUUCAUUUGGAAAAACACGAAAUUCAGACAAACAAACGGUAAAAGACCGCAAUUGCCGAACAACUUGACGGAUGUGUUCGGCAAAGAGCGGACGUUCGUGAUAUCGGAGGGCGAAAAGCGCCGAAUGAAGAGAAAUGUGAGGAAAAAGAAAUUUCGCGAAAUUUCACAAAAAAUGGACUCAAAUUUGAAUUCAACUGAAAACGCAUUUUUCGGCGUUUUUUCGACAGAAAGUCAUUUCACGGCUGAAGAAGAGAAUGCAGUUAUCGCUGAUAUAAAUCAAUCGGUUGAAGAGAUCAAUGAAACGGAAGUCACGGAAACUCUUUUGACGACAACUGUAGUCAAGAGUGAAGUCAAUGAAGAAAAUGUAGAAAACGUUGAAACAAUUGAAGAACCGAUUGAAGACCAAUAUACCGUCGAAGCAAUUGUCGGCAAAAGAAAAAGAGGUCAGAAAGUCGAGUAUUGCGUCAAAUGGAUGGGAUUUGGAGCCGAAGAGAACACGUGGGAACCGAUCGAAAACCUGAACUGCGAUGAACUCAUCUCUGCUUUUGAAUUAACUAAUAAUCAAACGCAAAGUCAAACUCCGAGUCGAAGAGGAAGAAAACCAAAGCCAAAGACUCCGGUCGUCGGCAACGGAUUCGCGCGCGGACUCAAACCCAAGCGAGUUGUGGGCGUUUCCGAGAAAGACGGACAACUCGUUUACGCCAUAGAAUGGAACGGACAAAACACGGCCGAAGACAUCCCGGCGACUGUGGCCCGAGAAAAGUGUCCGCAACUGGUGAUUGCGUUUCUGCAGUCGAAAUUGGUGAUAAAGCGGAACGGUCCGCGUCGUCCGCUGGAGUCGUACCGCCCUCUGGCGUCAAAACAGUUUUCCAUUUUCAAUAAUUGAGUUUUAUUUGGAUUAAAAUCUCUUAAAUCUUCAAAAUCUCUUCAAAAUCUUCGAUUUCUUUUAUUAAAAUGCAUUCCAUUA